CUAUAUCAAAUAUUUGUUAACAGCCUUGUAGCAAAAAAUGAAUAUAUUUUCAUUUAAAUAUAGAAACUUAAUCUUGGGUAUAACAGCAACUGCUGUUGGAUAUUAUGCAGUUCUCAUGCCACAUACUAUCUUUUUAAGUAAAUACAGAUUUAUAGUAGCCACGUAUUAUCAAAUGGGCAAAGAAAUCCCCGUAGGUUUUAAAAUACAGCAGAGAAUCCAGGAAGUAAUGAACGAUUUAAAACUAUCCGAUGACAUUAGGAAUAUUAUACAGCCCUUCAGUGUGUUUGGUCUUGAUUUAUUUCAUGCUGGGACCCUCAAUAACAAGUAUGGAGCGAUACUGGGAAUUCCUGCCAAUUUUACUAAUACGACAGAACAACUCUACAAGAACAUGCAAGUUAAGGAGCAGCGGAUAGACUGGACGCGACAAGACGCACAAAGCUUGUUGAAUGGGGUGACGCUCUCGGAGAGUGCGCAAAAAUUCGCGAUAGCGUGCGAGAUUCUGCGAAUUCAGGCGGAGGAGCCAUAUUUCAAUUCAUACCUCUCAGCUCUGAUUAUAACAAUAUUGUGGACACUUUAUAACGCUAUAACAUACAAAUUCAAAUUGCGUGGCCAGAAUGUGGUACUGUGUCGAACACUUUACUCGAGUUUCACCAUAGUGGGUGCGAUAUCGUGGUUUGGAAUCAAAGAUUAUCGAAGUUAUCAGCUUGACAAGAAGGACGAUGAAGCCUUGUGUAAUCUAGGAGCAGAGUAUGUUAAAGGGGGACAAGAAUUUUUUGAGAAAACGUUAAUUAGAAACAGAGCCUUAAGAUCUCUCUUAGGAGAGGAAGGAAAACGUAUAUAUACAGCUUAUGGAAAUGAAAAGACUCUUUUGAGGGAGAAACACGUGCCACUUUCUCACAGAAAAGACUUUUUUGAUUCACGUCUACAACAUUUAGAAAACGUGAAAUGAAUAUUUUUUUCGCAUUUACAAUAACUAGAAAAAGCGUUCUUUUUACAUGAUAUUCAAUUCAUCCGUUUCAUGCUUUUUGCUGCACUUGUAAUCAGCGAAUCCAUUUUUCUACAAUACUUAAAAAAAACAUGCCUUUUCAUUUAAUUAAUUGUGAUUUGACCGCUUUUUGUUAAUCAAGAAAUUCGUAAAUGCAUCGAAAACUGUAAAUGUACGCCAUUACAUGUAGAUAUGUAUAUUUCUUAUGUCAUUAAUGUCAACGCAGAAUGUUAGUGAUAAUAAACUGUUACUAUUUGAAAUA